AUGGUUCAACGCUGCGAUGUGAUCUGUGAUCUCGGAGUUGUACUGGAUGCUCAAUUAACGUUUAGGCAACACUAUUCUAUGAUUGUCAACAAAGCAUAUCGGCAACUUGGUUUAAUUCUGAGAAUUGGUGAGCUUGUUGGUGCGUUCAAUGCUAGAGACAGCCUGCGUUGUGUGGGACCCGUAUUGCGAAAUUGGGCGCAUACAGAAACAGUUUAUUCAACCGAACUCUUCAUCGGCAUGCACGGAAUUCCUCAGCAUUUCUGGAAUUCAGAGAAUGCAUUCGAAUAUAAAAUAGAGGUACUUGAAAGGCCCAAAACAUUCUCCAAAGGAAUGCGGUUCAAAGUGCUAGCUUUUGUGGUUUUCAUAGUGGUGCCCUUCGGCUGUGAUGGCCAACUAUUCCCAGUCAUUGCCGAUUUGAUCCACUGCCUUCAGUAUCCGGUGCGCGUAACUGCACCGACUUGUUGGAAUGUAACUGAAAAGUUACAAUUUCUCCGUGAAAUUGGUACUCAUCGACAGAUACGUUUCAGCGAGGAGCAGCCAACAAGUUUACCUUGGAAUGAUCACAAUCAGCAGCAAAAUAUGAUCGUAGUUGAUGCUUCUUGCUCUAGAACCAAGCAACUGCUGAAGGAUUCCGGUCAGAUGCUGUACUACCGCGUGAAAUGGAUCCUUGUGAACAGUAAAAAUUCAGAUUGUAUACAAAUGUUGCUCUUUUUGAGUGAUCUUCAAAUUUUAAUCAGCAAUGAGAUUUACUACAUUUGCGCAGCAAAGAAAGCGAAUGAGUUUUCAAUUAUGCAAGUUUAUCGCUACUCAUCGAAUUCCGAUGUAGUUGAAGAACAACCCUUCGGGUAUUGGCGCCGAGGAAUGGUAGUGAAACUACGAACAAACUCGGUUACUGCUAACCGACGACAGAACUUGAAUCGUUUCAAACUGAGAGCAUCACUGGUGAUAACUAACAACGACACGAUAAAUCAUCUCGCCGAUUACCGUGAGAAGCAAGUGGACACCAUCACGAAAAAGAAUUACUUCCUGACUCUGUACCUGGUGCAGAGCCUCAAUGCGACCGUACAAUUCAGUUACGUUAACUCCUGGGGCUACCGAAACUCACAAACCGGACACUUUAGCGGAAUGAUUGGUGAACUACAGAGCGAUCAGGCCGAUCUCGGUGGGACCGCUCUGUUCCUAACGGCCGACAGAAUCAAGGAGAUUGAUUAUCUUUCAAUGACCACUCCAACCAGGGCUAAGUUCAUCUUUCGCUCACCUAAACUCUCCAUCACGGAUAACGUUUUUCUGCUACCCUUCAAGCGAUCCGUUUGGCUUUGCAUUAUAAGCUUCAUUUUCCUGUCGGCUGUUCUUCUCCUGGUCAUAAUGCUGGUCGAAUUCAGUUACACCACUGUUCGCUACGGAAGCCACGUGCGACCAAAUCUGCUCGAUACGAUCAUGAACAUGUUUGGAGCUUCCUGCCAGCAGGGUUCAUACCUGGAACCAAAAUCACUACCGGCCAGGUGUCUCAUCCUGCUCAGCCUGAUCGUGCUCAUGUUUCUGUAUGCCAGCUACUCGGCCAAUAUCGUAGCACUGAUUCAGUCACCGUCGAGUAAGAUUCGAACGUUGCAGGAUCUUCUUAACUCUCGGCUGGCGACCGGAGCGCAGGAUACCGUUUAUAACAAGUACUAUUUUACGCAUGAGACGGAACCGAUCAGGAAGGCGAUAUUCGAUCGAAAAAUGAAGGAUCGAGAAGAUACGUUUAUUCCACUGGAGAAGGGAGUUGAAAAAAUACGCAAAGGCCUGUAUGCAUUUCAUGUUGAACUUGGGGUUUGUUAUAAGGUCAUCAGCGAGACCUACCAGGAGGAUGAAAAGUGCGGCCUACAGGAGAUAGAGUAUCUCAACAUAAUCGAUCCGUACUAUGCGGUGAAGAAAAAUUCGCCCUUCCGCGAAAUCGUCCGGUUGGGUUUGUUCCGUUUGCGUGAAUUCGGCAUCCAAGAUCGGGAACAUUCGAUGCUCUACACGCGGAAACCGAAGUGCACCGGUGGAAGUAGCUUCAUCCCGGUUUCGAUUGUCGAUGUUUGGCCGGCACUGAUGCUACUCGGUUGGGGCUUCGGCGUUUCCGCGGGCGUUUUUGUGGUGGAAAAGAUUCUCGCAACGGUUCGAAAGCGAAAGCAAGUUGCUGCCGGCACGAAUGGAGCAUUCUUCAAGCGAUCGACUAAUAUGAUGGGCGUCUUCUUUGAGUGA